CGGAAUCAUGGAGUGCUUUUCAGAGAAGAACGGGUCAUUUAAAGGUAGAGCAGCCUCACGUUGCGAUUCUUUAUAUGGAAUUCAAUGAUACAAAGACGUGCGCUGUCUUGUAUGUGCACUUUUAUUGCUUAUAUAUAUUUAUUAUGUGUAAGUUAAAGUGUAAUUUGUUUGAGUGAAAUUAAAUUCAUAAAUUAUUAUACCUUGAUAUUUUAAUUAAGAGGAACGAUGACCUCCCGUCAGAGUGGUGGUGUGGUUCAUCCAGCUGUUUAUAGUGCGAUGUGGCCUGCUUUGUGAAGCUAAAGAAAAUGGAAUUUCUCUUGUAUUGUGUGGGUUAUUUUAAAACUUUAAUUUGCUCCUGUAUUUCCAAUGGUUAAUAGAAAUGUGAUGGGCUUUUUACUUAAUCUUCCGAAAUGAAUUAUAUAUGAAACGACAAAGAACAUAUUUGCACAUUGGGGUUAUUUAUUUAAUCAUCUGAAUGGUUAUUUGUGAACAAGAAUCUUUAUAAAAUAAAGUAUUGCGGUGCUUAUAUUUCGUGACUACUGUGCGAUACUAACUUUUAAUUCAUUUUUAACCUGUGUUUGUAAGUACAAUUGUAGAGGUUUGACAAGAAGAUAAAUAUUCCUCAUGGUGAAGAAGAAUAAGAAUCGCCAUUGCCAAGAAUCCCCAACCAUACAUAAUGGUGGGGAUUCUGCUGAAUCGGGUGAUCAAAAGAAAACACGUCCAAAUGGAUCAGGAUGCAUGCACAUUCAAAAAGCUGUACAACUGGCUUCGAUUAAAAAAUCUCUGAAAAAUGGAUGCCUUGCUAGUGACUGUCCAGGGUGCAUCAAGGAUGGUGUGAAACCUGAUGGAGAGGAGUGUGUGCCAAAUGUAGGCCUGUGGCUCUGCCUCCAAUGUGGCCACCAGGGAUGCGGCCGUGCGGAGAAGCAGCAUGCCCUAAAGCACUUCCAGGUUGUGCAUUCUGAUCCCCAUUGUAUUGCAGUCAACACAACUUCCUGGAACGUGUGUUACAGUUGUGAGGUAGAACUGGCAAGCGAGUACCGCAAGAAGCUCCAGGAGUGUGUGAAGUAUUUGAAGAAUGUGGACUGCCCAUCUUCAGCAAGACAUUCUACAAAGGCCUGUGCAGCUGAUGGAAACCAGGCAGGGGAGUCUGCAGAGUCAACAUCCAUGCCUCUUGCUGAUGUCACCAACAUGCCUCAUGGAGUUCGGGCACCCAAGAAGAAGAUGGUCUCUUUGCCACGAGUGAGGGGUCUUCAGAAUCUGGGGAACACAUGCUUCCUGAACUCUGUGCUGCAGUGCCUGGCACAGACUCCGCACUUCCUGGAGCUCCUCCAGGAGACACAACAGGGUGGCACUCGCUUUUGCCUCGCUGGCGGGCGGGGGCUGCUGCCAAAACCAGAAGGAGGCGAAGAGGAGGAUGAUGAGCUGCCUCCUUUGGAAGGAACAUUAACAAAAUGGGGGACCUUGACAGAGUCGUUGGCUAGCACUCUGGAGGAGCUGCGACAAGAUGAAACGACAACAGUGAAUCCCUUACGGCUAUUCAACAAGCUCAUCACUAAGUGCCCACAGUUUAAAGGAGGGGAUCAGCACGAUGCUCAUGAGUUGCUUAGGCAUCUUUUGGAUGAGGUGCGCACUGAGGACCUGAAGCGUUAUUGGGUAGCCAUAUUAGAUCAAUAUGGCCUGAGCCGCCACGACACUAAUGAGACCGUGGAGAGCUCUGUGCGAGCGCAAGUUCGCGCCUAUGGGCGGCAGGCUGGAGAGCUCUGGCUGCUGCCUGACCCUGUCUUCCGAGGCAUCCUGGUGAGCACUGUGGAGUGCCAGGACUGCCUGCACUCAUACCAGCGAACGGAGCCAUUCUACGAACUCAGCCUGCCUGUCACCACAAAUAAGCCACAGCCUCCUGUGAUGCGAAGAAAGGCAGGGGGCGAUGACUCAUUUGAUGUGUGUGGUAAUGUCACCAAUGAGACACCGUCCAAACAUCAACUGAAGAAGGAACGACGACAGCAGCGGAAGGUCCGCAAGAAAUAUCAGCCUCAGUCGCAAAAGGAUGUGCGCACUAGUGAACCUUCAUCAGAGGGAGCUUCUGUUCCACAGGAUGCAAACAACGGAGCAGAAAGUGAGCAAAGUGAUGCCGACGUUGAAGAUAAUGUGGAGCAAGAAGUAGCACUAAAGGAAGUGAGACCAGGGGAACGGCUUGUUAAUGGUGAUGUUUCUUCUAUAGACUUAAAGUUGUGUAAUGGAAACGUCAGUGACAAUGAAAACAUUGAAGUUGAGAGAACUGUUAAGGAGCAGAGUGAAGCAAGUAGAAGAGUAGAUAGUGAAGGCCUCAUUUGUUCCGAUCAGAAAAUGUGUAAUGGCACUAGACAUGGAGAAGAAAUUGUCCAAGAAAACAGAACAGAUGCUCAUUCUGCUGUUAGUCAACAUGUAUCAUGGGAAAGGAAGGCAACGGACAAUAGAGAAAGAUCCUUAAAAGUCAGAGAUGUGGCUGACAGCAAGGAAUGUCAGGAAAAAAGGAUUACGGAGGAAAAGUUGAAAUCCAUCCAGGAAAUUGAAAUGCCUUUAGCUUUGCCCUGGAAAGACGUUGAAGUGGACGGAAAUGAAGUUAAGGAAGGAUUCAGUGCUCUGGUCCAAGGAAAUAAACUUACAAAUGGAACUCUAGAGGAAUCUGAGGAAAUAGGAAAUACCGGAGAUUCAGAAGGAAAUAAAAAGAUCUUAGAAUAUAGUGUCUGUGAAAAAGCUAGCAUUGGGACUGAAAAUGUAGAAUUUAUGGACGCAACCAAUGAUUCGACUUACCUACACACCAAAGACAUACCCAGUAAAGAUGAACCCAGUGAAGAAUUAUCACUCUUCAUUUCCCCCACAGUCAAUUCCCCGUCUGCGCUGGGUAGCCCGAUAUCUCAGACUGGGAGCCCUAGUUCUGUUUCUUCCGAUAUAAAUGUUGAUCUCAACAUAUCUAAUCUUGUGCCUUCUAACAGCUGGCCUGUUGAAGACACUGACCGUCCUUUUUCAAGAAUUGCUUUCUGCAACGACGACGAUUCUUUGACCUUGCAUAACGACAGCCUUCAGUCAUUGUCUCCAGCUGCUAAUGCACAGAGUGGUACACAGAAGCCCGCAAGUGAAGAGGGAGUGUGUCUGGGCCUCCCAACUGCUGAUCAGUUGGCCAAAGAGAUGUUGGGGCUGUCAAUAGGUCACGAUGAACGCCAGUCACCCUCUCACUGGGACACCUGCAGCGCGCACAGCCUGGAAGAUUUAAAGGAAGUGAAGAUGGGCCUCUCUUUGGAGGUUCCCCUGUGCAAUGGUGGCGGAAAGACCUCUGACCCUGCGCCUUUAGAAGACGCAGACAAGAGCAGUACCCUUGCCCCCAGGUACCACUGUGGGGACAAAGAGUGCUCCAUCGAGUCUUGCCUCAACCAGUUCACAUUGCUCGAGCUCAUGACAGGGAGCUGCAAGGUCAUCUGUGAGAGCUGCUCCGAACGCAUUAACAAAGGGAAAGAGGGCAAGAUGGUGGCGACAAACUCAACAAAGCAAUAUCUGGUGAGCAAUCCUCCUGCUGUUCUGGUGCUCCACCUGAAGCGCUUUGAGGUGCACCAGAACAUGUUCCGCAAGACCCCACGGCACGUUACCUUCCCACUGCUGCUGGACAUUGCUCCCAUUUGCAACACUAAGUGCCGACUCAUUUGCAUUCAUUCAGGGAAUUGUUGUGCAAUAGCAUGUGAACAUUGUGGCAUCAUCAUGAGGCAAUUGUUCUGGCAAACUUUUCUUGUAGAUUCCACUAAUGAAAUUCACAGUAAAAUGUUACUUAUUAUACUACAAAAAGUUGCUGAAGAGGAAGUUGCUAAAAGUGUAUUGGUUCAUUUUAUGGUCAACAAGAAAUUGCUAAUCACUGUGAUGUAUGCUCUUGCUGAUGGAUCUAAGAUGAGUCCUAUGCCAUUCUUUAAUCGUAAAAUAAUGCCGAAAGAAAAGCUGCAGCUAGGUGUCAUAUUUUGUUGCUUUGAAAAAGGGGGCCAAACAAAAGUCUUAUAUUCCCUGUACGGAGUUGUACAGCAUUCUGGCACUCUUCAUGGAGGCCAUUAUUCUGCUUAUGUUAAGGUCCGGGCUCCUGUGAAAAGGGAUGAUAUGCGCUGGUGCUUCCUGCCCACUGCGCAGUCCGCAGAACAGUUGGAAGAAUUGUCAAAAGGGGCCAAUGUACCCUCUGAGCCCCUGCCAGGAAAAUGGUUCCAUAUUAUGUAUUUAUCUAUUUUCGGUGGCACUUCUGAACCAAUUACUUGUUUUUUCAGGUAUAAUGAUAUUAUAAAUAGGAGAACAAAUAAAGUAUUUAUUUUCAAAUCCAGACUUGUAAAGAAUGCAAUUAUGAAG